ACAACAUCACAACAAGAGACAGGGAGAGACCGAUCGGUCGAUCGACUCCCUCCACCGCCAUGGCCGACGAGUGGUGGAGCGCGUCGUCGUCCCAGAGGAGCCAUGGCACGUCGGCGUGCUCGGCGCCGGCGCCGCCGCUCACGGACAGAGUCUCCUGCGGCUGGACGUCUCCCGCCGCGGCCGUCGUCGCCGAGUCGACGAGCUCCGUAACCUUCCAAGACCCAAGCAGGAGCAGCGCCACCCAUCAUCAGCCUCUAUCUGAUGUGGCCUCCUCUCUUGGUGAUCCGCACAUGGACUGGACGCAGGCCUUCCUGAGCGGGAGAAGCGACGCUAGCUUUCACGCCGUGCUCCAAGACGACGUGGCGGCAUCGACGAGAUCAUUUCGAGCCCAGACGACGGUGAUCGACGAGACCGUGAUGAACAAUCCGUUCAGGGACAUGGGCGUGGGCCAAGGCCUGUUGCUCGAUAAGGCGUCGUCCCUAGCGUCGGCGCCGUACGGAACGGUGCAGUUGCAGGGCCUUUCGUUCGACUCCGGGGAGGGGGAGCCAGUGGGGGCGGCGCAUAACAUCACGACAACGUUCGGGGACUACCAGCACUCGGCAAGCUACGACGACGCGGCAGCGAUGCAGUUCUCGCAGACGCCGAGGCCGUCGACGUUGCCGGCGGCUGCCCAGAUGCAAUUAUUGUCCGGCAGCUACCAGCUGCCUUUCGGCAGUGCGCCGCCGCCGUCGCAGCUUCUCUUGCAGGCCAUGCAGCCCAAGCCUAGCUGCAGCUCUAACGCCAACACCCUCAUGGCGAAGGUAAUUAAAGACGACUCAAAUUCAGGGUCGGCUCAACACGCCUGCUCGUCGGCGGGCAGGAAGAGCGUCUCGGACUCGGCGGCAGCAGCGAAGAGGCCACGGAUCGAGGCGCCGUCGCCGUUGCCGACGUUCAAGGUGAGGAAAGAGAAGCUGGGAGACAGAAUCACUGCGCUCCAGCAACUAGUCUCGCCUUUUGGAAAGACCGAUACCGCAUCGGUUCUUCACGAGGCCAUCGAAUACAUCAAGUUCCUUCACGAACAAGUUGCGUCUUUGAGCUCGCCCUACCUGAAGAAUGGGAACCCAUUGCAGCACUUCCAGCAGAAGGGUUCUGAGAGCAGUAAGGAGACCGGCGAGGCGAAGCCGGAUCUCCGCAGCCGAGGCCUGUGCCUUGUGCCGGUGGCGAGCACUUACACGGUGGCGAGCGAGACGGUACCGGAGUUCUGGCACCCAACAUUCGGGGGCACGUUUAGGUAGAUAUAGGUAAUAGUUUAGUGAUUUACACCUUCUAAUUAAGCAAUGUGUACAUCGUCCCCGGAGGCCCGGAAUGGAUUACAAAACAACACACAAAAUGUUGAAGCGAAAGCAAAGCCAUGUGUCGCUAAAUCAGAUGCAAUUUUAGUACGUAGCUAAGACUCACUCGGAAGAAAAGCAAUGGGAUAAUUAAUCAUUCACGCAAUGAAGCAAUCAAAGGAUGUUUUGGAAAGGAAAAGAGAUAGGGAGAGAUGAUAAUAGGGGUCGAUUCUUCAAAGACAGGCUAACAUAAAUGAUAUAAUAUAUACAAAAUGCUGGAAAAGUUUGCAAGCCUGUCUAUGGGGCAUCUAACACUCGUACGUGUAUACGCAGCUUUGCCAAGGAACAAUGCUGUAGUAGCGCUGUAUAUAAACAGAUUGGUUUUCUGAAUUGUGUGUGUGGAUGGUUGGGGCAGGUGCUAACAUUUAAUUUAUGAGGCAAGAAGGUUGU